AUGCUUAUCGACGGUCAAAAGUGGGCUUGUGAAGCUUGCAUUCGGGGCCACCGUGUGUCGAGCUGCAAACAUCAUGAUCGACCGUUGAUUCGCAUAAAGCGCAAAGGUCGCCCCUUCGCUACAUGCUCCAUCUGCCAGGCUACGCCCUGCGAAUCCCCCACAGACCACGCUCGCCAGAAGCGCGAGACAGAGCUCAAACAUCCAAAAAAAGCUUCCCACGCUAGACUUUAUCCGCGGCACCACAAUCCAAACGGUUUCCAGCCCAUUGCGCCGAGACCGACGGCCGGUGCGAAGAGGGAUUUGCAUUCGAAGAGGCAGGGGAGGGGCGAGAGAUCUGGGUCGACUUCUACUUCGGCUGAGGAUUCAAAUUCGAAUACCACCGCCGUUGGUGAAAGGGAGCGACUCAACUCUUCUUCUUCUUCCCAGAUGAAUAUUGCUUCUAAUGCUCCCGCCACUGCCGACUCCGUGUACGGAGAGGGCUAUUGGUCUGGCUCUGAGACCUCUGGGAAUGAGUCGAGUAGUCGGACCCUGUCUGCUGCUACUGCUACUACUGAGAGCCCUACCGGUGGAGUUGGUCCGAGUGAAACUCUUUCCCACUCUGCAUCGGGGACCUCUGUCAUUGACCCUACUAUUAUGGGGAAUACUAUCUUUGACCCCAUGUAUUCGCUUCUGCCUUCUUCGUCCGCUGCGUUGACGCAGCCGGGUCCACUGGUUAGUCCGCUUGACAGUGCUAAUCCGUUUGAGUUCCCUUUGGAUCCUGGGUUGACUGUGAACGGUACAAUUGGGUGUCUGGAGGAUAUGGAUUUGGACAUCACGGAGGGAUUGGAGGAGGUGUUUCAUGUAGAGGAUUGGUCGCGGUAUAUGUGGUCGCCGGAGACUGGGUUCGAACAUUUAGAUAUGGGGUAUCCCCCGGUGACGCGAUGA